UGCAUGCAGGGGACUCUUUACUCUCCUCUUAUUUGACUGGCUGCAGGUAUUGGUGUCUGCCUCUUCUGUGCGCGCCCACGCGUGCUUCUGUGUGUGUGCGUGUGUGUCUCACUGUGUGUGUGUCUGUAGCAGAGAGAGCAAGAGGAAGAGGAGCAGCGUUUCCUCUCCCCCCUCUGGCCUCCCCGUCUCCCUGCUCCCUGUCACUCCGUCCUUCCUCCCUCCCGGACUGCACUGGCCUGGACCCUGUACCCAUCAGCCCCUUUAACUCUCCUCUCUUCACCAUCCCGUCUCAGCCUCCGCAGAACUGCCUAUUGCAGAGAAGAAAAAGAAGGAAACCAUUGUUUAUAUCAACAAAUGAUUUUAAAAGAGAACAAGGCUUAGGUAGAACUGUACUGAACAGACUGAUCUGUCCUCAGUCUUCUGGAAGUGUGACAGCACCUGGUCACAUGACCUGGAAGAGAAAAGUCAGGAGACCUUUUGGAUCCCUUUCUGAAUGGGCUGGUUAUCAACCUGGAAAGAAAUCUAAAGGCUGAUGUGCUGAUCCACACUGCGACACAGCUGUGCUCUCUGUCGGCCCGAUCGGACCAUUUAUGACUUGACAGCCCCGACCCUGCACUUACUCUGGUGACUGGUUGGCUGUCAUUACCAUCUCUCUCUUCCUACUCCUGGGGAUUUCCUGUCACGUGACCAUACACCAACUUCUCCUCCAAUCCCACCAUGGAAUCCAGCAAAGUGCAGUCUGAAGGGGGCCUCAACGUUACCCUCACCAUCCGACUACUCAUGCAUGGCAAAGAAGUUGGAAGCAUCAUUGGAAAGAAAGGAGAAACUGUGAAGAAAAUGCGUGAGGAGAGUGCUGCUCGCAUCAACAUCUCAGAGGGGAACUGUCCAGAGCGAAUCGUCACCAUCACAGGACCCACGGAUGCCAUCUUUAAGGCUUUCGCCAUGAUUGCCUACAAAUUUGAAGAGGAUAUAAUCAACUCCAUGAGCAACAGCCCAGCCACCAGCAAGCCCCCGGUCACUUUGCGGCUGGUGGUCCCAGCCAGCCAGUGUGGCUCUCUCAUUGGCAAGGGAGGCUCCAAGAUCAAGGAGAUGAGAGAGUCCACAGGAGCUCAGGUGCAAGUGGCCGGGGACAUGCUACCCAACUCCACAGAGCGCGCUGUGACAAUCUCGGGCACCCCGGACGCCAUCAUCCAGUGUGUCAAACAGAUAUGUGUUGUCAUGCUGGAGUCCCCACCGAAAGGUGCCACCAUCCCCUAUCGCCCAAAGCCUGCCUCCACCCCGGUCAUUUUUUCAGGUGGCCAGGUAAGAGCCGACCCGCUGGCGGCGUCCGCAGCCAAUCUCAGCCUUUUACUGCAGCACCAGCCACUGCCUGCUUACACUAUUCAGGGACAGUAUGCUAUUCCACAUCCAGAUCAGUUGACCAAGCUCCACCAGUUGGCUAUGCAGCAAACCCCCUUUACCCCCCUUGGACAGACCACCCCUGCUUUCCCCGGUCUGGAUGCCAGUCCCCCGGCCAGUACUCAUGAACUCACAAUUCCCAAUGAUCUAAUAGGCUGCAUAAUCGGGCGCCAGGGAACCAAAAUCAACGAGAUCCGUCAGAUGUCUGGAGCACAGAUCAAAAUUGCUAAUGCCAUGGAAGGGUCAUCAGAGCGCCAGAUCACCAUCACAGGAACCCCCGCCAACAUCAGCCUUGCCCAGUACCUCAUUAAUGCAAGGCUGACGUCUGAAGUCACUGGAAUGGGCACGCUCUAAUUUCUACCCACCAUCCUUCACUGCAUCACAUGACCCUUGAGCCAAUGGCAUUACACCUUGGUUAUUAUUUUAAUUUCCUCUUCCUCUGUACUAGUUUACCCUGAAUUUUAAAUUAUUAUAACGAGUUUAGAUUCUAUAAUCUUUGUCUAUUCAAAAUCUCCAGUUCAGUGUUGUUCCUACCGCUCCUGUGUUGUUAUCUCAAUGCUCCCCUGGUUUUUUUUCCUACCUUUUGAUUUGAAAGGACACUUUACUUUUUUGACACUCUAGUACCUUCCAUGUCACCACAUAUUUUCACCGUGAUUCAUUCAUGUCGUCUUUUUUUUUUUUUAAUCCAUAUUCUGCUGUGCUGCUGGAUCUGCACUGCUGGUUUCAAAAUUAAUGUAUUUCAAAAUAAAUAAAAGUCAGAAGCUCACAAGUGCUCAGACUUUCACCUCACACACCAGCUACCGCCAGGAACAGACUUAGAGAUCGAGGGGGCUGCUGCAUUUUUAUAAAUCUUCCGUUACAACAUAACGCAACACACACUGUCUAUUUUCAGCCUGAUUUCUGCUUUUGCAUUCAGAGCUGCUGAAGACAUAAAUAAAUAAAUAAAUAACCAGUUACAGCACACAAAGGAGUUAAAUAGAAAUGAGUCAGUGUAGUGUGUGUCCUCGCUACAAUUUAUUCAAAUUAAAUAUGACCAUUACUCCAUAUAACAUUUUCAUACGCCUCUACUACUCUACUCUAUAAUAGUAUAUAUGUGUGUGUGUGUGUGUGUGUGUGUGUGUGUGUGUGUGUGUGUGUGUGUAUAUAAAACAUAGUAGAUAUCCAUUCACUGAUUCAUGGAAACCUGAUUCAUUGAAUGUAUGAUUCAUUUUGUUUUGCCAUUUAAUUUUUAGUCUUUUCAGUAAAAAGUACGAGUUUAAUGGACAGCAAACAUCUUUUUGCCUGCACAUUUGCAACUAACGCAGAUCUAAAGUGUGGAGUCUUCUGAGAGCUUUUUGAACAUGUAGCCACCUAAUCUGCAGUUCAUACUCAGCAAUAUGUUUCUCAGAUGUCCGUCGACCACCGUGUCUGAAAUCAGCAAAAUUGAGGACCACUGUGUGAAGAAAAUUAAUGAUGGCUUUGGUGGGUUUUUGGCAUUCAGUUUUGAUUCGAAGCACUGUGGCUUGCUUUUUAACUGGCUUCCAAUGGUUCCCAAUGUGUAGUCCAGACCUCUAUUUUCUUUCUUCCUCAGGAACCUUGUUUACCGUUUGCUUUGGCCAUGUCUUAGUGUAAUCAUCAUCAGUGUUGAAACCCUGUAACCUGCAGCUCCAUGCAGUCUCCAGUAAUUUUCCAGUGCUACUGUGUGUGUGUGUGUGUGUGUGUGUGUGUGUGUGUGUGUGUGUGUGUGUGUGUGUGUGUGUGUGUGUGUGUGUGUGUGUGUGUGUGAUCUGGAGUUAUUUCGAGACCUUUUCAAAGCCAAAUGUGUAGCAUUUUGCUAAAUGUUCGGAUCCGUUUGGCCGGGUUUGACUCUGGUCAUCAGCUGUUCUUCUAAAAAUGACACUCUAAACCAUAAAGCCCUGUCAAACGCACAUCACGUUUGUCAAUAAACAUAAAUAGCCUCGAUUAUGCUUAUUAUACCAUCAUCACUUACGCUUUUUCCAGCUCAGAAAAAUCUCAAAUUAACCGUCUGUGCCUCAGUGUCAAAUUAAAAGAUUUGAUAUUGAGGCUGAGUUGAAUGUAAUUCUUUCCUCAACUAUUCUUUAAAUUGAGACUUUGUAUUUCUACAUGGUCUCCUUUUUUUUCCCCCAAAAUGAUGUUCAAAUAGAAGGAUCACAUUCUGACCUGGUUUUCAAGACUCAGAUUAAAUGCAAUAAAGUAGAUUAGAAUUUGAAGACAUUUAGCACUGAAAAGACUUUCAAUCUGGGAUUAGACUUAAUCUGAGUCUGGAAAGAACACUUAUAAAACCAUGUAUAUCCAUAAAGGAAAAUGUGUUCGUUUUAAGACAUUAAAUUAAAUUUGGUGUGAGAAGAACAAUUAAAUAAUCCAAUUAUAUGCAACUGAAUGUUAUUCCACUAGGCAUCAUGCUCAGAUGUAAUCAGACAAAAAAUCUGAAGUUUAUUCACAAAUUCUUUUCAGCUGUGAACACAAAAAAGUAUGCACACAGUCAUCUCGAGCCAGUGGCAUGCUACACGUGACUGAGAUGAUGUUGUAAUAUUGUUGCUUUAAAUUAGUUACAUUCAUUGAAAUUUCAUUAUAGUUGUAUUAAUGUUUGUGUCAGGGGUACGCUAGAGAUUCUUUUAAUAAAUGUCACGUACAUUAUAUUUUGCACUGAGUUGAAAUCUAGGAUUUUUGUGAGUGUCUUAGGCUGUAUUCAAACAUUAAUUUAGAUUGUAUGUUUCAGCAAGACUGUGUCUUGUAAUAUUCAUAUGGAAUGUUCUUUUUGUUAUGUUUUGGGUAUAUAAUGUGCCGUGUUGUAGCUCAUUAUACAGAAGCAUAAUAUUCUCACAUCUUAAUACUUGCAUUAUUAUUAUUAUUAUUAUUAUUAUUAUUAUUAUUAUUAUUAUUACAACAUAUACAACCCAAAUGCAAUAAAAUAGGUGUUUCAUUAUAUAUUAAAUCAAUUAGGUAUAUACAGUGCCAUCAUGAUUUAUUUUUUCUUUAUCACUUUGCAUUUUCAUGUCUUCAUUACAGUCACUGUAUUUUCAUGUUACUUUUAUGACACCUGCUAACUUUACUGUUAACUUUACUGAUAGUCACAUGUAACACAGACAAAUCUGUUUUCAAUCAUUUAUCUUCUUUCAUUCACAGUUUUUGUUGUACUAGAGCUGCAAAAAAAAAACAAGGGCCCUUUUCCUCUUUGUGCUUCUGUAAAUUAUGUUGUUUGGAGUAAUUACUUAAUAACAUUGCAUACAUAAUUCGCUGCUUGCAGGUCUAUAUUAGUUUUAAAAGAUUGAGGUUAGGUUACCUUUGAAAUGUUUUGUAAAAAGAAAUAAAGUUUUGUUUUUUCCCUUGA